CAUGCUUUCAUCCUCCUGGCCGACUCCCACCCACGUUCUGCCUGUCUGGCGGUCACUUUUUUCUGCAUCAGAGUGGGAUCUAGGUUUCCAAUAGGAUCUUGCUCCGCAGCUUCUAUUUGCGUUCCACUCUUUUUUUGAGCCCAGGAAAUGAUGGAUCCCAGUCUGCUGGAAGCCGUUUGGAUAGAGGGGAUUUUUUAUUAAUGAGAAGGAGAACAUUGACUGGAAGUUGUUGAGGUGUUUUUGGAUGUUUUGCAGCGGAAUGGGCCUCAAACACAUGUGUCUGCUGCUCUGUGCGGCUUCCCUGACAGUUUCUGGAGGUUUUGGUAAAGAAGGGAACAGCGAGGCGUACGUGUGGACCAAGCAGAGCCUCCCGGUGCUGCUGGACACACACACGCAGCUUUUAAACACCCCUUUGUUCAGAGGGCAGGAGGAGGAUGAGGAGAAAGGAAGGGCAAAGACACUCUGUGGGAUAGAGUGUCAGGGCAGCCUAACACCUAUCGACCAGACUGAGCAAGAGAGGCUUCUGGGAUAUGAGACGAUGUAUGAGAACGGCACGCGCACACACACAAAUAUCAGUUUGCAGGGUUUUAAUAAGACGUCUGCAAGAACACCAGCCCAUUCACAAACAAGUACCCGGAGGAAACGACAGAUUUACGGAGCAGAUGGACGCUUUGUGAUCUCUGAUUCGCAUUUUAUCACCAACUACCCGUUCGCGACUGCAGUUCGCCUCUCCACAGGCUGCUCUGGAGUCCUGGUGUCUCCGAAACAUGUGCUGACGGCAGCACACUGCAUCCACGAUGGGAGUGACUACCUAGAGAGUGCCAGCAGGCUUAAAGUAGGAGUGCUGCAGCUCAAAACCAAAAAAAGAAGAGGGGGAAGGAGGAGAGGAGGGCGGCGGAGGGGUGGGAGGAGAGGAGAGGUGGAGACAGGUGAGGGGAAAGAAGAGCAGUUAAUGGAGGAAGGUGAGGAGCAGAAUAGUAUAGAUGGAGAUGUAGUGAGAGGAAGAAAUGGAGGCAAAGCUAGGAGACCCAGAGGAAGAAGAGAGAAAAGUCAUGUGUUGGCUGACGAUGGAAAUAUAGAUGAGUUUGAAAGAGGAAGGAAACGUAAGCGUCUCAGCCGUGUUCGGCGCGGUGUUGAACCCAGAAGGCAGCCGGUCUUCCGUUGGACGCGGGUUAAACAAACCCGAAUCCCUCAAGGAUGGAUCCAAGCCAAGAGCUCCACCAACUCAGUUUCGUCUGACUACAAUUACGCCCUUCUGGAGCUGAAACGACAAAUCAAACAAAAGUACAUGAGGCUCGGAGUGGCUCCCUCUGAUGCUCCCCUGGCACGGAUCCACUUCUCAGGCUAUGAUGCUGACAAAAGCCUGCUGGACGGGCGUGGAGACGAGAAGGUGGUUUAUCGUUUUUGCUCUGUGGCAAAGGAGUCUGACGAUUUGUUGUACCAGCACUGUGACGCGCAGUCCGGCGCGACAGGUGCAGGUGUUUACAUUCGUCUGAGACAGGAAGCGGGAGAUGUAGACAGGAAAGGGAAGUGGCAGAGGAGGGUGAUUGGGGUUUUCUCAGGCCAUCAGUUGGUGGAGGCGGACGGAGGUGAGCUGAGGGACUUUAAUGUUGCUGUGAGGAUCACUCCUCCCAAGUAUGCCCAGAUCUGUCACUGGAUCCACGGAGAUCCAAGUCUUUGUGAAGUGGUCUGAACUUACAGAGCAGUGGAUCUCCAAGAGAGUAAAUCCGUUGUCACUUUCUACUAGACUCAAAGAUCAGGGCUGCUGUGUAUAAAACAUCAAAGAACUGGUCUUAAGAUGGUCAAAGCUCUGACUUCUGAGUCGGAACAUUUUUGGUAAAAAAGUAGGACUUAGAUGCUUUGCUUAAAUGCUGACUGCAGUGAUUCCUAAUUGUUGUAAAACAAGACUUACAAUCAUGUCCUCCCUCCCAAAAUGCCCUCAAGCACUGAAACAGCCAAUAGAGAGGCCCCCAUGCAUAUCUUGUCACAUCAUUCACUGUAACCAACAUUAUAUGUUUCAGUAUAUUGCAACAUACAAGAAGAAAGCACAUAAAAGAUGUUUUUGUACAGUUAUAGUUACAAUAUCAAUAUGCAAUAUAUGGGAUAUUUUUCAUACAAAUCUUAAAUGAGCCCAAAAAGGAUACAGUAGUAGUAGGCGUUGACCUAAAAAUGAACUAUUGCUUAAAAGAGAGCAGAGCACUAACAUUGUAAAAUGAAAGCAAAAUGACCUUUUGGUCUUCUUAAAAAAUCUGAUGCCUUUAAACCAAAAUUUCACUCUGAGCAGCUUUAUACAUACCAGCCCGACCUGAUGUGAAACCAGCUCACCUCUUCAGUGUCAGGCCGUAUCAGCAAACCUUUAAUCCAUGACUGUUGCAAAUGUCCCUGAUUCUGGAUCUGCAACCUGUUCAGUCAUUUAUCACUUCAUUUAGAGACUGUGGAAAUCACAUAAUAUGAAUGACUCAAAAAUGGCAAAAAACAUGCAAAGUGUCUAAAUUUGAGUUGGUUUUUUGACAGAAUUUCAUUGUUACCUUUUCUAAAGACCACAAUUGUUUGUCUGUCUUUGAAACACUUAAUUUAUAUCACUGUAAUUAACUGAAACUGUAAUUAUGUAAAGGGAAAGACAAAAUAUUAUUAUGUUCUCACAUGUUGAACAGUGUAAACUUCUUGCUUGUUUGUUUUUGCAGUACUGGUGAUAGCCUGUUGGUCCUCAUUCACUACACUUCAAGAAAAAUCUGAGUGUACACACACCACACACACACACACACAUAUAUAUAUAUAUAUAUAUAUAUAUAUGUGUGUGUGUGUGUGUGUGUGUGUGUGUGUGUGUGUGUGUGUGUGUGUGUGUGUCAUAUUGUGUUGUAUUGUAAUUCUGCCUGUUAUUGACCUGGCCACACAUUUUCUUUUAACGCAAAUAAUUCAUGUUGAUAAAACAAGCUGACGAAAGCAGACCAGAGAUAAGUGAUGAGCCGAGAGGAUUGUUUGGAUCAGUGUAUUUGUCUUUUAUUGUAUCUCAUUUGGACUCACAUGCAGGUGGGGGUGAGGGAGGGAGGGCGAUGCCAUCGAUAAUAACCAAAAAAAAGAAAAAAAAAGAAAGAAAAAAAAAAACAUCACAGCCUUCAUAUGAAUACUUAGCAAA